AUGACAACUGCCCCGAACGAGAAAUCUCCGCUGCUGAAGGAGCACUCCGCGGCCUCACUGGAGGACCCGCAAUCUAUGCAAGGCGCCACGAUCUGGGAGCUGCGCGUACUGCUCAUCCCCUAUUUCUGGCCGAAGACAUGGGGGUUGCGUCUUCGUGUGCUUGUCUCGUUCUCCUUCAUGUUCCUGUCACGAGGGUCGCGCAUUCUGGCGCCGUUGUUCCUGAAGGAGGCAACGAACGCAAUCUCGGAGAGUCAAUUCACUCGUGUCCCGACAUUCGCAAUCGCAAUGUAUUGCCUCACGCUGUUUGGAUUCGCCGCUGCGAAACAAUUGCAGACGUAUCUCUAUAUGGUGGUGAAGCAGCACGCGUACCAGGAUGUUGCCGCUAAGUUGUUCGGACAUUUGCACAGUCUUUCAAUGAACUACCACCUCACUAAAAAGACUGGCAAAGUACUGCGCUGUCUGGACCGAGGCUCUACGAGCACGGACAACAUUGUCAACGUCAUUUUCUUCCGACUGCUUCCCACUUUUAUUGAGCUUGUGGUCGUAUCCAUCGUCUUCAUUUUCUCGUUCAAGGAGAAGAUUUUGUCCGUCGUGACGAUCAUUGGAGUGGUGCUCUACGUUAUCAUCACUGCCAUGGGCACCCGGAUCCGCCUGCGCUUCAAGAAGCAAACCAACGAACACGAUAACCAAGCUAGUGAGAAGGCCGUAGACUCGCUUGUGAACUUCGAGACGGUCAAGUACUUUUGCACUGAAGACUACGAGCUGGACAGAUACAUGUCGAGCAUCUUCCUCUACCAGACGUCCCAAUUGUCCACGAGAGGCCUCAUGAACGUUAUUGUGGUGGCUCAACAGCUCAUUCAACAGACCUGCCUGGGCACGUGUCUUCUGAUCUCGGCCCGCAACAUUUACUACGGUGUCAUGACUGUCGGUGACUUUGUCGCUGUUACCGUGUACAUCACGAACAUCUUCAAGCCGCUGGACUCGCUGGGCAACAUCUACAACACCAUCGUCCAGUCGUUUGUGGAUAUAGAAAACCUUGUUGAGCUGCUGCGUAUCCAACCUGAGGUGCAAGAUAAACCAAACGCACCGGCACUGGAGGCUUCCCCGACCGCCAGCACCGUGUCGUUCCACAAUGUGUGUUUCAGAUAUCCGAGCCAGCCAGUAGCUAACGGCCUCAAGGACGUGAGCUUCACCGUGCCGACAGGUCAGACUGUGGCAAUCGUAGGCUCGACUGGUUCCGGCAAGACGACUACCAGUCGACUGCUUUUCCGCUUUUACGACGUGCUGUCGGGUAGAAUUUCCAUCAACGGCCAGGACAUUGCGUCGGUGCGACAGAAAUCUCUCCGCCGCAGCAUUGGCAUCGUGCCACAGGACACAGUCAUGUUCAAUGACUCCAUCCGCUACAAUCUCACGUAUGGACAUCGCCACUGCUCAGAGGAAGAGCUCGUUGCAGCCGUGAAGGUAGCAAACAUCUAUGAGUUCAUCAUGUCGCUGCCAAACAAGUUCGACUCGCAGAUUGGUGAGCGUGGCCUCAAGCUGAGUGGCGGUGAGAAGCAACGCAUCGCCAUUGCACGCCUCGUACUGAAGAAUCCGUCAGUCGUCGUGCUGGAUGAGGCAACUUCAUCGCUCGACACGGUGACCGAAAAGAGCAUCCACCUGGCUCUCAAUGCAGCUUGCAAAGGACGCACUACCAUCAUCAUUGCUCAUCGUCUGUCAACUGUGCGUCACGCGAACAAUAUCAUCGUGCUCGAAAAAGGUCAUAUCGUGGAGACUGGAAGUCACGCCCAAUUACUCGAGCAUGGAGGCCGCUAUCUCCAAUUGUGGACUCAGCAAUCUCGUGAGACGGAGUAA